AUUUCAGCCAGACCCAAAGCACUUCGGAGUCAAUUGUUUCUUAAUUAAGUUGUCCGGUUUGGUUGGUUGGUGGCAUUAAUAAAACUGAAUCAGAGAAUGGUAAUGCUGCCAAUAAUGUAAUGUGCUCGGCCCGAUUCAUUCACUUUGCAUGUCCAUGUGCAGCCAAGCCAAGAGAUAGGGUUUUAUAGAGCCAAGUAAAAAGCACAUGUAAAUUAUUAAGUGACGAGUCAAGUGCAUAAUCUAGUCGUCUCGUCCACUCCACAACCCACAAUUUACUAAAUUGCAACUAUUUUUGAUGACCAAGGGCAAUCUUUUUUUCUAAACGAAUCAGUUAAACAACAGCGGAAAAAUACGUAUUAUUUAUUCGUGACAAGAUGAGCAAUGACAAAAAAAGUCAGAAUGCGAUUCAAGACUUGAAUGAAUUUUAUACUAAACUGAACCCAGAAAUGGAACCGUUGAGCAGUCCGACGAGUGAUACGGGGAAUGAGAGCCCCAACACGCUGAAGAAUGGGGGUAAAAGUGGGGGUAAAAAUGGGAGGAAAAAAUGCACCGAUUUUGACGACAUCCUGACCAUGAUUGGAUCUGAGGGAAAGUUUCAAAAGAUUAUUUUAUACGGGGUCGUGUGCCCGUUUAUCACGGUUUCGCCCUUCCUAGUUUUAAACAACAUUUUUCUCCUGGACAUACCCAACCAUUGGUGCACCGUACCGGGGAUGGGGAACGAUACGGAUAUCGAGACUUGGAAAAAUUGGACUUUGCCGACAGAGAUAGGACCCGAUGGAGAAACGCGAUACAGCCAAUGUCUCAUGUACGACCCGUCCGAUCCUGACAGAAAUACGACCAUGAUGUGCAACAAUGGGUGGACGUAUGACAAAACUGAUUACGACUCCACGAUACCGUCCGACUUUGACUGGGUUUGCGACAAGGUGGGCUAUGCGACGGAUACUUUCACCGUGGGCACGCUCGGAAGUGCGAUAGGAACUGUGGUGUUUGGAAUCCUGGCUGAUAAAAUUGGUCGCAAACCCGUCUAUUUUGCGACAUGUUUGGUCAACAUUUUAUUUCGAACGCUGAGCUACUUUGUUCCGCAUCAUUUCUGGGCUUUUCUAACCCUGCAGGGUUUAGCUGGGACGGCAUUUCCUUCAAUUUUUUCCAUGCCGGCGCUUAUCGUUGCUGAAAUUUGUGGAGCAGAGUAUCGUUCUUGGACGUACGCGGCAACGUGGAUGAUCUGGGUUGUGGGUAACUCACUCCUGCCAUUUGUGGCGUGGGCGUGUAGAACCUGGUUCUUUUUCGGCAUAAUUUCCGCACUGCCGGGGCUUUUUCUGUUCUUGUAUUACCCAAUAAUUACAGAAUCACCGAGAUGGCUGAUAACUGCGGGGAGGGGGGAAGAAGCACUUCAAAUUAUUAAGAAAAUUGCUAAAACCAACCGGGUUGAAAUUGACAACGACGAAAUGGCAGAAAUGGUAGCAGAAUUGAUUCAAAAACAAAAGAAUGACCAGAAAAGGAAAAGUAUCGGAUUUUGGACACUGUUUCAGAAUUAUCGUUUAGCAAAAAAUACGAUAUUCCUGGUAAUCGCGUGGUCUAUGAAUUGCCUUCUUUACUACGGAAUCACCCUGAACACGACUUCCAUGGAGGGCAACAAGUUCGUCAACUACUUUCUCCUCUCCAUUAUCGAACUUCCUUCCGGUUAUUUGGCCGGAGUGCUUGUCGAAAAGACGGGGAGAAGGUGGACGCAGGCAGCUUUCUUCUUAAUGUGUGCCAUCUCAUGUGUCAUCUGUGCCGUGGCCGUGGUCCAAACGGGCGUCGAUUAUUUAGUUAUUGUGGGAGCUUUGGGGAUCAAGUUUGGUAUCACCAUCACUUCGAUGGUCGUUUAUCUUCAAGGAGCUGAAAUAUUUCCAACACAGUUGAGAAGUACGGGAUCUGGAUUGGCGUCUACGAUCAGUUCAAUCAUUGGGAUUACUGGGCCGUACAUUAUUUUCACGGGUAAAUUUAAUGCAUCUCUACCCUACGCAAUUCUUGGCUUGAUUUCUGCUGUUGGCCUCUUAUCGUCUGUCAGUUUGCCUGAGACUUUCAGACAGCAUUUGCCCGAGACAGUGGAGCAAGCUAACAGGUUCGGAAAGGGGGUGAAAUUUUGGAGCUAUUUACCGAAACCGGACCACAUAACGGAAGAUAAUAAUAAUGCGAGUGAUAUUGAAAAACUUAAAGAGAAAACUUAAUUAUUACUCAUUUUUAAUAAAGUUGAAGAAAUGUUUACAAAAAACCAUAUCUGGAGAAAAAAAUUAAAAUUAAAAAAUGUCACAAAUUAAAAAAAA